AUGAUGCGGCGUGUUCUCUGCCAGGGGCGUCACGCUCUCCCUCUGAGCGCAUUUUCGCGGUCCUACACGGACGCCAAGACAAUUCGAACGCCAAACAAAUUCGACCAGCUGCUGGACGCCCAGAACGAGGAGUACGUGGAGGGGCUGCUGCAGAUGUACAAGAAGGAUCCGUCGCUAGUGGCGCCGAGCUGGAUUCCGGUGCUGGAGAACCUGGAGGGCGGGCCGCUGGAAAUGCCACUUGUGCCCAGCUUUCAUCGCCCCACCUCGGCACAGACGCUGACGGAGCGGGAGCGGAUUAAAAACAUGGGCCUCUCGUGGAUGAUUCGGGCAUUUGAAAGAAAAGGGCACUACCUCGCCAAGGUAAACCCGCUUCAUGGCGUGGAGGGAGCAUCCGAGUGUCCCAUUGACCCCUCCGCCCUGGACCUGUCAACUUUUGGCUUUACGGAGGAGGACCUCGAUGAGGUGUUCUACGUCACCUUCGGCUGCGACUUCGAGGCGACCUUCGUGAGCGGCGAUAGAGGGGAGACGCUGAGGGACAUUGUGGCGCAGCUGCGACGCAUGUACUGCGGCAGCAUUGGCUUUGAGUUCAUGUCCACCGGAUUUUUUGAUAUGCGCAACUGGUUUCGGCAGGAGAGCCUCAACACGCUGAUCCCGCUGGAGCGGCGUGACCGGCUGAACAUCUUUGAGGACGUCGUGCACAGCUGCGGGUUUGAGCAGUUUUUGCAGCUGAAGUACGGCACCCAGCAGCGCUUCGGCAUUGACGGAGGUGAGGCACUCAUUCCAGCGAUGCGGGCGAUGAUUCAGACGGCCUACAACAACGGCGUCCGGUCAUGCACGCUCGGCAUGGCACACCGCGGUCGACUGAAUGUGUUGUCGAACGUGCUGCAGAAACCCCUGACGGCCAUCUUCUGCGAGUUCGAGGGCAAGGCGCCGAGGGAUAAGGCGCCCUACGUUGGCGACGUGAAGUACCACUUGGGGCUGCGCAACCGGGUGCGGCUGCGCAGCGGUGAAUUUAUGGACCUCGACCUGCUGCCCAACCCCUCCCACCUGGAGGCGGUGAACCCGCUCGUCGUCGGCAAGGCCCGGGCCCGGCAGUUGUACAUGAACGACGCGGACUGCACCGAGGUGCUGCCUAUUCUCAUCCACGGGGACGCCGCCAUCAUGGGGCAGGGCUGCUGCUACGAGACGCAGGGCCUUGCGGGCCUCGAAAACUACAACGUCGGCGGCACCAUCCACAUCAUUGUGAAUAACCAAAUUGGCUUCACGGCAGACCCCGCGCAGGGCCGCAGCAGUAUUUACUGCAGCGACCUGUCCAGGGUAAUUAAUGCACCCGUGCUGCACGUCAACGGCGACGAUGUGGAGGCCUGCGUCCGCGCCGGUCGCAUUUCGUCGCUCUUCCGCCAGACCUUCCACAGGGACAUCAUCAUUGACCUGGUCUGCUACCGCCGCCAUGGCCACAAUGAGUCCGAUUUUCCUGAUUUCACGCAGCCGCAGCUGUACAGGGCGAUCCGUAACCACCCCACGUUGGUGGACAUCUACGCCAAGAAACUCGUUUCAGAGGGUAUCCUUACCGAGGAAACUGUGAAGGCCAAGAAAAAGGAAUACGACGCACGGCUGCGUCAGGCGAUGGAUGCCGCGCAAAGCUCCCAGGACUUUGUUAAGAUUCUGCCGCACUUCGAACUGGCCUCCGAGAAUCAGGGCGACACGUGGGUGGUGGAAGAGGAAAAGGAGGAAAAGGAGGACAUUCCAAAAGCGGUUGAAACCGGCGUGGAGAUGGAGACGCUUCGCAAAGUUGGCAUGCACAUUACCACAAUCCCAGCCGCCGUGAGGAGGGCGCACCCCGUGCUGCAGCGCACGUACGCCAUGCGAAGGAAGGCGAUCGAAUCCGGUGACGGCGUGGAGUGGUGCUUAGGGGAGCUAUUGGCGUUUGGUACGCUGGCGCUCGAGGGUGUAAGUGUGCGUCUCUCAGGCGAGGACGUGGAACGCGGUACCUUUACGCAGCGGCAUGCGGUGGUCACGGACCAAGAGACGAACUUCAAGUUUACCCCUGUGGCCAACAUCUCGGACAAGCAGGCGCCGGUGGCGAUCUGCAACAGCAGCCUUUCCGAGCUUGGGGUCUGUGGGUUUGAGUGCGGGUACAACAUGGAGGAUCCCUCCAACCUGUGCAUGUGGGAGGCCCAGUUUGGCGACUUUGCCAACGGGGCUCAGGUGGUUAUUGACCAAUUCAUCUCCAGCGGGGAGGAAAAGUGGGACGUGAAAUCCAGCCUUGUCUUGUCGCUUCCGCACGGCUACUCCGGCGCCGGGGCGGAGCACAGCUCUGCCCGCAUUGAGCGCUACCUGCAGCUGAGCAGUGACACCGACGUGGUCCCUGCCAACUUCCGUCAGGCGUCUCCCGCACGCAUGAUGGAGGCACGCAUUCAAACGUACAACUGGCAGGUCUGCUACCCGAGCACGCCUGCCAACUACUUCCAUAUGCUCCGCCGCCAGGUGGUACGGGAGGAUGUGAAGCCCCUCGCCUUUUUCUUCUCCAAGGCCCGCCUGCGCCCCCCGAACGUGUCCUCGCUGAAGGAGAUGGAGAAGGGCACGUCCUUCCUGCCGGUUAUUGACACCGCCGAGAAGAGCGACAUCGUGCCACGAAAGGUGCUCUUCUGCGCAGGCCAGAUUGAGAGCAUCGUGCAUGAUCGUCGCCAGAAGCUUCGCGAAUCAAACCCCGGCGUGCACGACGACGUGGUGCUGGUGAAGGUGGAGCAGCUCUCCCCCUUCCCAUGGGAGCAGGUCGCCGACGUCUUGGAAAAGUACCACGGCCGCAAUCCAAACGUGCACUUUGCAUGGCUGCAGGAGGAGCCUAAAAACAUGGGGUCAUGGGCGUACAUGCGCCCGCGCUUCCAAAGCCUCAUGCGCCACCUCGGCCUCACGAAACCUGGGACGUUGCUGGACUACAUUGGGCGACCGGCGGCGGCGGCAACGUCCACCGGUUACGGCAGCGUUCAUGUAGAGGAGGAAAAAGAACUCGUCGCCCAGGCGUUGGCAUAG